AUGGUUUUCACCUGUUCGAUCAGCGGCGAACGAUGUGAGAUGCCGGUGGUGUCUCCUAUAUCGGGGCGAGUCUUCGAGAAACGAGUCAUCGUCAAAUACAUCAAGGAUCAAGGCUGCGAUCCCAUCAAUCAAGAGUCGCUCUCGGAAGAUCAGCUAAUCGAGCUAAAAGAAGCCGAAGAUGUGGGCCCGCCACGAAGUGUUGGACAGACGUCGAUUCCUUCCCUUCUCAAAAUGCUUCAGGACGAGUUCGACAUGUAUGCUCUCAACAAUUUCACUUUGCGACAAAAAUUGACCACAGCUCGUCAAGAAUUAUCUGACACACUUUACCAGCACGAUGGAGCAACAAGAGUGAUCGCUCGUUUGAUGAAAGAACUCGCGGCUGCCAGAGAAGCCCUCUCAACAUUGAAGCCACAUUCGGCUAUUCAAGAAGUCUCAACAAAGGCUGUCGAUGUAGAAAUGGAGGAAUCACAAGGAAUGUCCGAUGCGGUCAAGGAGAAACUCGACCAGAAGGCCAAGGUUUUGACCGCGGCGCGUAAAGCUCGCGGAAAGAAGUUGCCUGACAGUCUCACCAAACCAGAAGACAUUAAAUCAUUUGAACAGAAAGUCUGCCACACAGCUCUCCACUCUACUGGUGUUCCUGGUAUUACGGCUCUAGAUUUGAAGGAUCAAUUGGUUGCUACUGGCGGUGCCGACAAGAAUGUGGUGCUCUUCGAUUUGGAAAAAGAACAAGAAGUUACAUCAUGGAAAGGACAUUCAAAGAAGAUUUCUUCGGUCAUUUUGCAUCCCAACAAGAAAACUGUCAUCUCAGCUGCUUACGACGCUCAGGUUAGAAUUUGGUCCGUUGGUGAAGAGGGAAGCCGAGUGACGAUCGACUGCCAUUCUGCGCCAGUCACUGACGUCUCUUUGCAUCCAACGAACGAUUACAUCCUUUCCGUGUCACAUGAUGCUUCGUGGGCCUUCUCGGAUAUUAAUACCGGACGUGCUAUUUGUGUUCAUCGCCCUCGUGAUUCUGAGGGUUCCAAACCAAUCAACUGUGGUCAACUCCAUCCUGAUGGAUUAAUCUUUGGAACUGGAGGCGAUGAUAACAUUGUGAAGAUUUGGGAUCUUCGUCAGCAAGUGAAUGCCGCAAAUUUCCCUGGACAUGAGGGUGCAAUCAAAUGCAUGGCUUUCUCGGAGAUCGGUUUCCAUUUGGCUACAGGAUCCGAUGAUGGAACGGUGAAAUUGUGGGAUCUUCGAAAGUUGGAAAUGUUGCGCUGCUCUACAGAAAUCAUCGAUGGAAAAGCUCCGGUUUCAUGCUUGUCAUUUGAUCAAUUUGGAGCUUUCCUUUGUGUGGGAAGUUCUGAUGUGAAAAUGAUUCACGUUAAACCUUGGGCUGUUGUUGGCGAAUGGGCUAAUCACACGUCGACGGUGACCGGUGUUCGAAUCCAAGCUGAUGCGACUGGUGUGGUGUCGGUUGGAAUGGACAAAUCGCUCCGUGUCUAUUCGGCU